AGGUUAGUGUGCGCCGCGGGUGCUGGGGGCUCGAGAACCGAGCGGAUCUGGUUGAGCCUUCAAAGUCCUAAAACGCGCGGCCGUGGGUUCGGGGUUUAUUGAUUGAAUUCCGCCGGCGCGGGAGCCUCUGCAGAGAGAGAGCGCGAGAGAUGGACAUGGACAAACGGAUUCAUUUAGAGCUGCGGAACAGGACGCCCUCUGAUGUGAAAGAGCUCGUCCUGGACAACUGUCGGUCGAAUGAAGGCAAAAUCGAAGGCCUCACAGAUGAAUUUGAAGAACUGGAGUUCUUAAGUACAAUCAACGUAGGCCUCACCUCAGUCGCAAACUUACCAAAGUUAAACAAACUUAAGAAGCUUGAACUAAGCGAUAACAGAAUCUCAGGGGGCCUGGAAGUAUUGGCAGAAAAGUGUCCGAACCUCACGCAUCUAAAUUUAAGUGGCAACAAAAUUAAAGACCUCAGCACAAUAGAGCCACUGAAAAAGUUAGAAAACCUCAAGAGCUUAGACCUUUUCAAUUGUGAGGUAACCAACCUGAAUGACUACCGAGAAAACGUGUUCAAGCUCCUCCCGCAGCUCACGUACCUCGACGGCUACGACCGGGACGACAAGGAGGCCCCCGACUCGGACGCCGAGGGCUACGUGGAGGGCCUGGACGACGACGAGGAGGAUGAAGACGAGGAAGAGUAUGAUGAAGAUGCUCAGGUAGUGGAGGACGAGGAGGACGAGGAGGAGGAGGAGGAAGGUGAAGAGGAGGAUGUGAGUGGAGAGGAGGAGGAGGAUGAAGAAGGUUAUAAUGACGGGGAAGUAGAUGAUGAGGAAGAUGAAGAAGAUCUUGGUGAAGAAGAAAGGGGUCAGAAGCGAAAACGAGAACCUGAAGAUGAGGGAGAAGAUGAUGACUAAGUGGAAUAACCUAUUUUGAAAAAUUCCUGUUGUGAUUUGACUGUUUUUACCCAUACCCCCCUCCCCAUCCCGCCCCCCGAAACUUAUUUUUUUCUGAUUGUAACGUUGCUGUGGGAACGAGAGGGGAAAAGUGUACUGGGGGUUGUGGGGGGAGGGAGGGCGGGAGGGGGUGGAAUAAAAUACUAUUUUUACUGCCACUCUUUAUUUUUUUUUCCCCUACUUUUUCUUUGUGUCUGGUUCUGCCCCUGUAAAUGCAAUAGCUGAGUACACACCAAGUGAGCAUUUGCUCCUUACUCUCAGAGAGGACGGUUUGGAGGCCUCUUACGUUUCCUGGUGUUUCCUGAGUCUCUUAGUUGGUUGCAAGGCCAUGGCUGGCCACAGUUUGGUUUCUCAGAGCCCAGGAGGGGCUGAGCACCAGCCACAUCUUACCUCUUGUUCUGCUUGCCGUGGUUUCUGCAUUUCUUGGGCCUGUUCGAGGCACCUGAUGCCCCUGGUUUGUAAAUAGCAACCUAAAGGCGUGUUUUGGCACUGGAUGGGCACAGUCCCCGUCUCCCUUCCCUUUCCCUCUUCACAGCUGGUGGUGGGCUUCACUCUACAAAGAGGACUCUGAUGUCACUCUUAAGAGCUGUGAGCCAGAGAGCCGAGAACAGCAGGCUUAUGAGUUAGGAGUAAAGUAGAUUUGGUAAUAAUAAUUAAAACAAAAGAAGUAAACCCUCAAACUUCAACCUCUUUAAAAGAUUCAAAAAAAAAAACUGUCCUGUCUUGUUCUGUAAACUAUUAGAACGCUUUGUUUUACAAAAUGACGAGAGAAAUCUUCCACGUGUGCUUCUGUGCUUAGACCAUUUUUACAAGGCUGAGCGCGGGAGACAUUGCUGCAUGUCUGCUGGGGUUUUUUUCAUACAGCGGAGCACGGAAAAACUAACGCAAAAUUGUAUUUUCUUACCUAGUGGAAAUCUGAAGUGACCGCAAAUUCCUAGUGAAUGCACAGGUGUGCUUUCAUGUCCCUCUUCUGGAUUGCUUUACAAGUAGCGUGUGUCUCCCUAGCCCGUGUUCCAUCUGUACAGAAGAGCAUCUGCCCGGAUUUUCUCCUCCCCCUCAGAAGAGCCAAACUUUGAGUUUUAUGUCUGUUUGUCAUUGAUAAAUUUCAAUAAAUCUUUUUAUACAGUU